AUGGGCCGAAUAUUACUAUCGCAAAGCCAGGUCUCGGUCGUGGUCUCUUCUGGAGUCGUCCUGGUCUUCACAUUCUUGCUAUUCCUGUCGGGCUACGUGAUACAACAACGCACCAUCACGGAUUUACAAGCGGCGAUAAAACCACGAAUACCGAAGCCGCCACCGUCUCUGACAAUUCAGGAUCCGGAUGAUGAUCGAGCGGAGCUAUCAGCGAGCAGUCGCUUCUUCCACGGCAAUGGUCGAAUAGCGUACACCGACCUCGAGGCUGUACAGAAGGCGAGCGCAAGCGUGAAUUGGAAUCGCCUGGCUCAUAUACAACUUGCCCGGAACCACCACGAUGUGUGUAACGCGAUCAUGGUCCUGGCAGAUCUGCACAAACUGAAAAGUCCUGCUCGAAGACUAUUGCUCUUUCCGCGCGAGUGGGCGUUAGAGGAAGGCAAAAGGGGCGACUUCAGUGAUCCGUUCCUUGGAAGCAGUCGAAGACUAUUACGGAUGGCUGCAAGACGGUAUGGAGUUGAGUUACGGCCGAUUCAGCCAGUCAUCUUGGGCGAGGAGGAAGGUAGCACAUCUGUCUACUCUUUGGCGAGCGCGUAUGAGCUAUUAGACUUCGACCGUGUGCUCAGUAUAGAGACGCCGGGGCUACUACAGGAUGCACUACCACUGGAUGCAGUGCUGGCUUUCACCGAACCGACACCAUUCGCAAUGCUGCAGGACAGCGCGCAAGGCGAUGGCGUGCACUCGGCAGAUUUACUACUCAUACAGCCUUCAAUUGAAGUGCAUACGGAUCUUGUGGAGCAGAUCACAGCAGAAGCGAGCACUUUUAACGACACACUAUUACCACUCUUGUUCAAAGAGCCAUUACUACUGGCCUCGACGACAGACGACCAGUCGCUCAUCCGCUCGAUUGGCAUCCUACAUGACGUGCUUUCACCGGCCACGCCGGCAUUUAAUGGUACAGCAUACUUGUCGGAUGUCUCAUACAUACGCUUCUCAGAUCCUAAGCUACCCGGACCGGAGUAUGAUGUACCCUGGAGCCAGAAGGUCGUAGCGAGACCGCAUAACAAGGACGCCGACUGGACGUGGACCAAGCUGUAUGGACAGUUUGCGCAGAGACGAAUGGAGGUGUGUGGGCUUGACUUGGAGACUUGGCGACCAUAA